GGGCCCCCAGGCGAAGCGGCGGGCACCGAGUCACCAGGCACGACAGUGGGGCUCCGAGUCAACUGGCAUGACCGCUGGCACUGGGUCAGACAUUGGAUCGUCUGGCUGGACAGCGGGCAUCGGGUCACCAGGCAUCAGGUCAUUUGGCUCUACAGCGGGCACCGCGUCAUCUGGCAAGACACGGGCACUGCGUCAUCUGGCAAGGCAGUGGGCUCCGAGUCAACUGGUAUGACCGCGGGCACUGGGUCAGACAUUGGAUCGUCUGACUGGACAGCGGGGGCAUCGGGUCACCAGGCAUCAGGUCAUUUGGCUCGACAGCGGGCACCGCGUCAUCUGGCAAGGCAGUGGGCUCCGAGUCAACAGGCACGACAGUGGGCACCGGGUCACCAGGCAUUGGAUCGUCUGGCUCGACAGCGGGCAUCGGGUCACCAGGCAUCAGGUCAUUUGGCUCGCCAGCGGGCACCGCGUCAUCUGGCAAGGCAGUGGGCACCGAGUCAC